AUGAAGACUAUUUUGCAGGUUUCGCAUUUGGAAAACGGGUUUUUGAGCAAGCAAAGAACUUUUUCAGGCGGAGAAGUCAGGCAGAUCGAUUGAAGUAUCCACGUCUUUCGAAGUUGACGUCGGACCAAUUGAAAAGACCUAUGAAUUCGCAGCCGGUGCCGGAAUCAUCGCUGGCAGAAAGUUUGAAGACGGGAAGUAAGAAGCGCGAUGAGUGCAAGUGUAUUCGAAGAGCUUUUAAAAUUUUAGGCCGAGUUUUGACAAGUCUAAUUUUUCUGAACUUUUCCUCAGACUUUGCUCUCGUCUCUCGAAGUUUGGCCAGCUAUCUCUCGAAGUUUUGUCAGGAGGAGAGCUGACGUGUCCUGUCGUAAAAACAACGAUUUCCCGCUCAUCGCAAAGUACCCUGUUAAUAUCAAUAUGCAAAUCGACUCCUAUAUAGGGAGGAAUCUGGUCCUUCUGGUCAUCAUUCCGGCAUGGACACCAGCCUUUAUCUCUCCAUUCUCCUCUUUCUUCUCUUUUGCGUGGAAUCCUUCGCUGAAGAACCUCCGCGGCUGUUCCGUCGUCUCUCCGAAGCGGAAAAUGCGAACGUGCAAGAGACGUGCAGCGUUAUCUCUGCAAACAACCGCCGCAUGCUCUUCAACGCCACCGUUCUCCCCCCAACCGAGAGCAACUUUCUGGCACGCAUCCAUAAUCCUCGUCACACGUUCACCGCUGCCCUCGUGUCGCCACGUCAUAUCUUGUUUGCUGGAGACCCGUGGUACAAAAGGGUGAACAAAUCAUAUUGCGUUGGAGAGUACGUUCGGUUCCUGACAAUUGCACGUAAUCCUCUUUUUACAGUGACUAUGUGCUGAGCGACGAGAACACUGCCCUAUGGACCGCCGAGAUCAACAGAAAGGAGACCAAAUUGAUGCCAGCUCCGAAUCUUCCACUCAGUCGAAUUACUAUUCUCGGAGGGUGCCAGUGGAAGAAACCACCAAUGAGGAUGCUGACUGUUUUCGAAUUGAAAAACAGCUUGAACUUCUCGGAACUAAUCCGCCCAAUCUGCCUGCUCAACAAUGAGAGUCUCUUGACAAACGACACUGAACUCUAUCUGUAUGGCGCCGGAGGAGUGUUUCUUAACGAAACAAAAUUGAACGCGGAAGUUGGCAACAGAAAGACGGUGUUUAGACAAAGUUCCGUUUGUCCACCAAAGACCGGGAAGGAAUUCAUUUGUGGUUUUUCUGAUGCAGACUUCUGCUUUGUAAUAUCCAUUCUUAACUAUACGUUCUUUACAUUUUUUUGCAGUCCGAUUAUGGCAGCAGCUUUGUGAUGGAUGUCGACGGUCGUAAACAUCUUGCUGGUCUUCUUGCUUCUCACGGCUGUGAGUUGUCAACUUUUGAAACAAAUCAGCGUUAACUUUUAGUUAAUGCAUCUGUAUUUAAAUGUAACGGAUCAACGAACGCAUCCAAGCUCCCCCUUGCCUUCUACCCAAUCACUAACUUCUCGACUCGUUUGUGCGACGUCAUCGGACUGUGCCCCCGAGGAAAUAGUUCCCAAACUGAAGCAGUCACCGAACAGACUCCAACCACUCCAACCGUCAACACUUCCAAGACGCUUGCCCCGGCUGAACCUGACAACUCGAGAGGAGAGGUGUACGUGUACACCGACAAGCCGCGGCCGAUUCGCAACUGUUCCAGAUCGUCUCCGCCGAAACCGAAAGAAGAUUUGCACGUUCACAUUUUUGUUUGA